ACUUCCACACAUUAGAAAACUGAAAAACAUCAACUGCAACACAAAAAAAAAAAGAAAAGAAAAGACAUAAUUUUUUCUGUAGAAAAUGUCGGGCUGCAGAAAAAUCUGCCACAUUGUUAAGCUAUGCCAAAGGCUGCGGCGGUUGAAGAAGAAGGCAACUAUGUUCAUCCGCCGUGUCCAGUCCGAUGUGCCUGCCGGACACGUGGCAGUCACAGUGGGAACGAAUUGCAAAAGAUAUGUUGUACGCACCACCUACUUGAACCACCCUGUGUUCAAGAAACUCCUCUCUCAAGCUGAGGAAGAGUACGGUUUCAACAAUUCUGGCCCCUUAGCUAUUCCUUGCGACGAGACAUUGUUCGAGGAGUUACUAUGUUAUUUGGCCCGUUCUGAUUCCAAGAACAACAACAAAAAAAACAUGUCUUUGUUCAUAAGGUUUGAAGACUUUCAGAGCUACUGUCACGUAGGAAUCAGAAGCAACUUUGACAUUUGGUCUGACUCUAGACCCCUCUUGCAUGUCACAUGUAAUAAGUCCGUCACAAUUGGUUAAAAAAUGCCCCAAAAAACGAGAAACAAGCGGUCACGGAGAAGCAAUGACUAUUGUUCAUUAGGUCAUUUUUGAUGGGCCACAAAAUUUUAGACGAUUCGGGUCGGUCACUCGUAUUCAUAAAGACCGUAUGGACAUUAGCACACGAAAAAUCGAAAAUCGUAUUACAUUCCUAUUUUAUGGCCCUAAAACGCCAAAAAACGAGGAGCGGUCGUGGAGAAUCAAAUUAUGACUAUUGUUCAUUAGGUCGUUUCUGAUGGACCCACAAAAUUUUAAGCGAUUCAGAGCCGGUCGCCCUAAUUCAUGAAACUAACGUGGACAAUAGCACAAAAAAAAUUAAAAAAUCGUGCUGAAUUCUUGUUCGGAUCGGAUCGGAUCAGAGUGGAAAUGAAGAACAGAGACAGGAGAUCGACGAGAUAUGAUAAUUGGUUCUAGUAUUUGUAUACUUUGCCUUAUGAACCCAGAAAGAGAAUCGUACUUGUUAGAAAUAUUUAAAAAGCUAGAUUCCAUACCAUUAACAGAAGAAGCAAGAUUGAGUUUUCG